AUGGUGCGUCUGCACAAACUUGCGUCGCAGCUGCUGGAGGAGCUGCUGCGGCGCAAGGCGCGGCUGACAACGCUGGCACAGCAGCUGUGGGUGAAAUACCGCGCGGAAAACGACGUUGCUGCGUGGCUGCCGACGCUGCAGGAGCUGGUGGACCUCGAGCGCGAGGAGGGCCGCCUUCGAGCCGGCACGAGCGGGAAGUCCCCGUACGCCGCACUGCUCGGUGCCAACGAGCCCGGGAUGACGGUUGCGAAGCUGGACACAAUCUACGCGGAAAUCAAGUCGCGGCUGCCGGCGCUGUACAGGGAGGUGCUGGAGAACCAAAAGGACGUGGACGCGAGCCUCACUGAGCUGCAGACGCCGAUCUCGAAGGAGAAGCAGAUUGCGCUUGGCCGGCAGCUGAUGACGGACGUGUGGAGGUACGACUGGGGCGCCGGCCGCUACGACGAGGCACCGCACCCGUUUGGUGGGAUGGUGAAGGAGGACGUGCGGAUGACGUACUACUGGUCGCCGGACAACUACACCAAGUGCCUCCUGGCGACGAUCCACGAGACAGGACACGCCAAGUAUGAGCAGAACUGCGGGCCGCGCGAGCUGCUUGGGCAGCCGGUGUGCGAGGCGCGAUCCGGCGGCAUCCACGAGACGCAGUCGCUGCUGGCGGAGAGGAUGAUAGCCAAGUCCGCUGCGUUCGCCGAGUACCUGACGCCGCUGCUGAAGCUGCACCUUGGCGCGCAGCCAGGGCUCACGGUGGAGAACGUGCGCAAGCUCAACCAGCUGGUGAAGCCAAGCUACAUCCGAACGCUCGCGGACGAGGUGGGUUACUCUCUCCACGUGAUCCUGCGCUACGAGAUCGAGCGCGACCUGAUCGAGGGGAGCCUGGAGGCGGUGGACGUGCCGCGGGUGUGGAACGAAAAGAUGAAGGAGUGCAUGGGCCUGGAGACGCUUGGGCGUGACGACCUCGGUUGCCUACAGGACAUCCACUGGGCUGCCGGCUACUGGGUGGGCUUUCCCGCCUACACGAUCGGCGCCGUCACCCAGUGCCUCCUUCCUCCCCGCCCCCAAGCUCGACGAGCUGCUGCUGAGUGGUGCUCGCGGCUUUCCUCUGCUCUGCAGGACACGCCACAAGUUCCCUGGCGUGUUCUGCUGCCUUUGCGCUGCGCUGUGCUGUUUGCACCGCUUCAUCGCAUGCUCCUCCGACCGCAGACUUCAACGCUUGCGGCUUCUCUUGCGCUUCCGUUUUUUUCCUCUUUGUGUUCGUUUCGCUUCUUUUCGCGCGGUGUUUUUUAG